UAGUUUAAUACUGUCAAUAAUCAGAAUAGUAGAUGGCUUUAUGGAAAAUAAGCUUACUCAUGCAAUUGGAAAAAACCUUUCACCAGUUAUUAUAAUCAGCAUUGAGAAAUUUGUUGACUCAGUUCUUAAAAACAACAUUUAUGAAGAUAUGAUUAAUUCUGAUGUCUGGAAUAGAUUAAUGAAAGAGAUGUUUCCACUUAUUCCCGAUAUAGUAUUUGUAGAAGUUCAAAUGGCUAGUGAAUAUUUUAAUAAAAAUCGUGAGCAGUUAAGACAGUUAUGUGACUUAGCAUCAAAUAAACAUCAAUGGUUGAAAUCUGUUUCUUAUGAUUCUAUUAUGAAUAUAUAUUGUCACCAAUCUCCCAAAUUAUGGCAAGAAAAGCUUAAUUUACUCAGUAGAUUACAUACAUCCACUCCAAUGUAUAUUGUGGAUAAUCUCCAUCUUUUGCUGAACAUGAAUUACACAAUAAGGAAUCAAUACAAUGAUUGGGCAUCAAUAAAAUUAUAUAAUAUUUUAGAAAAAAUAAUUUUGGCACUGGUAGAUAAGUUUGCUUCAUCUCAACUAGGAUUCUACAGAGGUGAAACAAAAUAUUGGAAACCAAUUCUGCAAGCCGUUGAAUCUUUAGUUCCUUCUCUUUUUAAUUCUUUAAAUAAUCAUGCUUGCUCUCGUUUCCAUAUUUCUAAAAAAGAUAGUGCUAUUGCAAAAUUGAUAGAUCAAGUCAUAACAAGAAUGCCAGAUGUUGAAACACUUGUCUGUCAAUAUCCACAUUUUAAUUUGACAAGAUUUUAUCAAGAUAUAUCAAGAAAAUUAGAUUUGAAGAUAUUAAUUAAAAAGAUAUAUGAAAUAAAAACUAAUAAACUAAAUGAUGUUGACUGCUUGUCAGUAUUUAAACCACUUGGCAAUUCAGUAUUAUUUAUUCAACAAAUGUUAGGCGAUAUUUUGCCAAUAUCAAAAAUGCGUCAUUUAAAAGAAUGUUCAGAAAAUUCUAGAAAUGGAGAACUGAUCAGCAGCAUUAGAAAGUAUGCAACUCUGUUUAAACAUGUAUUAUCAUUAAUAAAAGAAUUCAGUAAUUCUACAAAAGGAAUCAUUACUUCACCUCAACGUGCAUGGCAAAUGUUUCAAGACUUUUCUACCCCCCAAAUGCCAGCUUUUGUUAGAUUAUCAGAAGUAAUAAUUGAUGUGGAACAGUUCCAAAAUGAUUUGCAAGUCACUCCAUAUAAUUUGAGUUUGGAUGUUAUAAACAAAUUGAUGAAUUCAUCUAUAAAUCUUAACUGGCUUUACCAUAAAAAUUAUUCCCUUAUCUUGGUGAAAGAAGAUUUAUGUUCAGAAAAGCAUAAGAAAGGAACUUUUAUAGUUUCUUCUGAUAAAGAAAGUCUAAUUAUGAACACUUUAUGCAAAAAAUUAGGAAUUGAAAUUAUUCUUCAAAGUAUUGAUAAAAUUAAAAUUGAAACACAGUUACCAUUAUUACAAAAAGAAUAUUUCUUGAGUGGAAAAUGGUUAGAACAUCUAGUCAUGAAUGCACAGUCUACACUUGAUAAUCUGUUUAACUUAAUUGAUACUGGAAGCAGAUUAACAUCUGGUUUAGCUGCAGAUUUGUUUUCUGCAUUUGCAAAAGUCAUCAAUGAAAACACUGUUGAAAAAUUACUUAACAGUCUACAAGGUUUGAUAGACUCAUUGGAACCAGUAUUUGAAGGAAGUCCAGUAUUAAAUGAUAUGAAAAUAAUAUUGAAAGGAAUUCAAGGUUUAAAAUCUUUGCAAGGCCUUCAUUUAUUUGAUAUAAAAUAUCGUGUUCAAGACCUUUUCUCUGAUCCAAACUCAUUAAAGAAACUGUUAAAAAAAGAUCUGGCAAUUGAUGACGAUGCUGUGGAAUCUGUUAUGAAUGCCAAUCUAGACUUAACUGUGCUUUUAGCAAAUGAAAAUCCAACAACUGCUAAAGAUAUUUUUUGCAAUCCAGCUGAAUUGAAACAAUUAUUAAAUGUUGAAAAUUCAAAUAUUACUAUUGAGGAAAUAAGUACAACACUGUGCAGCAUUUCUGCAUCUCAAGCUGUUAAAGCAUCAACUAUACUGCUUAGAGAACUCGCAUUAUCACGCAUAAUUGGAAAUUUUGCAAAAUUGGGAAUUGAAGAUUUAAUUCAAAGAGCAGGUUUAAGUUGGGAUGAAGCUGUAAAUACAAUUAAUAUACUUAAAUUGGCACCCUCCAUAAUACCAAAAAUAAAACAGCACAUUUCAGAAUUAACGAAAUCAUUGGAUCCCGAAUUUAGAGAACAUUUAAUGCAGCUAAAUGUUACAAAUGAUGGAAUUCGUGUUUUGGGAACACCUCAGGCUUUGAAAGCAUCUGGAAAAAUUUUAUGCGGUAAGCCUCUGAAAACACUUCAAGAUGAGUUUAACGUCUUGCAAAUUUCUCAUAGUGCACCUCAACUGGAUAAAAGAGAUUUGGAAGAACUACCAAGUGUUUUCUGUCAACACGGAUACGAGCAAGUUAUGAAUAUGGUAGGAGGACCUAUUGUUUGGGGUUUCUUUAAGCCAAUCUUACGAGGAAAAAUUUUAUUUUCUCCCAACAACAUAAAAACUCAGUUAAUUAUGAAAGAGCUAAACAGAACCUUUAAUUCUAUUACAAGAUUUAUAGAUAUAUUACAUGCUUGGGGAGAAGGAACAAGUGGACUACAAUAUUUGCAAAAACAUGAACAUAAAUUUGAGAAAAUGAAAAAACUGAUUCAAUCAGAUGCAGUUCAGCCUCUGAUUUCUCAGGUUAUUGGUGAUGAUGCUAGUAAUAUAUUAAAAGGAUUUAAUAUUGCUUCACUUAGAAAUCAAAUCAGUAAUGUAAGCGGACUUCUUGACUUAGUACAACUGGUUGGAAAUAUGUCGCAGUGUUUUGAACUUAAUAGAUUCGUUGGAUUUGAUAAUGAACUUGAACUAGAAAAAGCAGCGUCAGUUUUGCACGAAAGAAGAGAAUUUAUUGCUGCUAUUGUAUUUUUAAAUAUAAAUGAAACUAGAGAAAAAAGGGAUGUUGAGAAUACAGGUCGUUUGCCAUCACAUAUAAAAUAUAAACUAAGAAUGGAUAUAGAUAAUAUACCAUCUACACGCAAAAUUCGUGAUAAAUUUUGGAAACCAGGUCCUAGAGAUAACUUUUUAGAUGAGCUUAGAUAUUUUCGUGGAUUCAUACAAUUGCAGGAGUUAGUAGAUCAAGCAAUCACUAUUAUACAAACAGAUUACAAUAUGAGUAUAUCUGCAUCAUCUUAUAUGCAGCAGUUUCCCUAUCCAUGCUAUGAAAAAGAUGAAUUUGGACAUUUCUUAAAAGCAACUCUUCCAGUAAUUAUGACUGUGGCUUGGAUUUUUCUCAUAGCCUUUUUAGUUCGAGAAAGAGUUUUGGAAAGAGAACUACAUCUUGAAGAGGUAUUUCAAAAAUUUUAUAUUUUUAGAAAUAAUUUGAUUACAUUUUAAAUUUUUUCAUAUAAU